GAACUGAAACCCAAAUCCGUGGAUUUAUUAAGAACAGUAAAUCGAGAGGGUCAUCAUACUAAAGCCUUCAACCUUCCUAAUUUGAUAAUUAGACGUGGCCAAGAAUUUGACAUAAUUAUUCUCUUUGAAAGAAAUUAUAUUAAAAUAGAAGAUGAAAUUAUACUGAAAUUUGUAACAGGGUCCAGACCACAACAAAGUAAGAGUACAGUUAUACCGGUGUAUAAUAAAGAGAGUAAAGACGCCAAUGAUUGGUGGUACAAGGUAAUGGAUGAUGCUGGGAAGCAGGUGACUUUGCGAGUAAAGUCUGGUGCCAACGCUAUCAUCGGACGAUAUCAGCUGUUUAUAGAUACUGUUCAUAAAGGACAGAAUUCUAAGGAAAUAGAGAAGUUCCGAUAUAAACAUCCUGAUGAUAUCUAUCUCUUAUUUAAUCCUUGGUGUGAGAAUGAUAUGGUGUUUAUUGAUAAAGAGGAAAAUAGACAGGAAUAUGUCUUAAAUCAAACUGGUAGAAUAUGGUUAGGUUCUGCCAAUAAAUUCUGUGUCAGACCUUGGAAUUAUGAUCAGUUUGAAGAUGUAUGUAUUAUAGCAGCUUUAGCAUUGUUAGAUAAAUCUGAGUUAGGAGAUGCAGCUAGACGUAAUCCAAUAUUUAUAACUAGAGCUAUUGGCAGAAGCGUAACCAAUGAACAAGAUGCCGGAGUUAUGACAGGGAACUGGUCUGGUAAAUACGAUGAUGGUGUAGCACCCUUCACCUGGAACGGUAGUGCUGCUAUUCUCGAAGAAUAUCUCAAGAAGCGAAAGGGUGUGAAAUUUGGACAAUGUUGGAAUUUUGCUGCUGUGGCUACCACGUUAUUAAGAGCAAUGGGUAUACCAGCUAGAUGUGUAACAAGUUAUAAAGCAGCCCAUGACAGUGAUUUUAGUAGUGCCUUAGACUCACAUUGGUCAACUUCAAAUAAACCUAAAAUUAACUUGGAUGAUGCCCUAUGGGAUUACCAUGUUUGGAAUGAAGCUUGGUUUACUCGACCAGAUUUACCAAACGGCCAUGGUGGUUGGCAAGCGUUUGAUCCUACACCCCAGGAAUGUAAUGAAGGUGUGUUUACCUGUGGACCAGCAUCCGUCAAGGCAAUUAAAGAAGGUGAACUGUAUCUAGGGUUCGAAUCCAAGUUUAUAUUUGCUGAAGUUAAUGCUGAUAGAAUUAAUUGGGAAGUAGACAAUGAAGGCAAUAUGGUACCAUUUCAAAUGGAUAAACAGAUUGGUGGCCUUAAUAUCAGUACUAAAUCUGUAUCAUCUGAUGAAAGAGAAGACAUUACAAAUACAUAUAAAUAUCCACAUGGCUCAUCCGACUCAAAGAAAAUAGUAGAAAAAGCUUCUAAAUCAACAUUUAGAUGUGAUCCUAAAAUUACACCUAUUGGUAAAGAAGAUGUUGAAUUCCGAUUUCAAGGUGAAAGCCAGAAAUCUGGCGAUAUAAAAGUAACAUUGAAGAUUAAGAAUGAUAGUAGUGAAGGUCGGGUAGCUGAUGUCUAUAUCUGUAUGGUCCAGAGUUUCUACACUGGAGUACCUUUAAACAUGGUUUUGGCCAAAACAAAUACUAUGUCUAUUCCAGAAAGUGAUGUAACAAUGGUUUUAAAAUGUUCUGAAUACAUCAAUUGUCAAGAUGGUGAUGCUCAUGUGAAUGUAUAUGCUACUGCUAAAGUUCGUGAAACUGGGCAAAGAUUUGCUGCUAGAGAUUCAUUCUGGUUAGAAAAACCAACAGUUGAAGUUAAGACUGAAGGAAAUGCUAAAUUAGGAGAAUCAUUUGAAGCUGUGGUUGUGUUGGUGAAUACCCUAUCAGCACCAUUAACUAAUGGUAUCAUCAAUAUAGAAGGUCCUGGAUUAUCUCGAGUGGUUGAUAUUAAAACCAAAAAAAGUAUUGGCCCUGGAGAAGAGUAUCGAGAAACAGUGAAGUUAUCAUCAAAACGUGUCGGAAGAGCCGAAAUUAUUGCAAAUUUUCAUUGUAAACAAAUCACAGACGUUUGUGGUGUGGGUUCAAUAGAAAUUGUAAAUAAAUAA